UAAAGACCGACAAUGCAACUAAUGCGUUCAUCUAUCGGGCAGGCAGUUUGGAGAAAUGCUGUCUCUUCACCACCACAGCAUUAGUGUAUGCUACACGCUCAUAACAAGGUCAAGUAUGCACGCUGCUUUUAGCCACGUUGGAUCGUGUGAUGGAGACCAGAAAGAACAAGACAAACAAGCAAAGUUAUGACAGCUGAGUCAGAUGAAAUGAUUGACGUCAAAGGCAAAGGGCGGAUGGAGGACGUGGUACGAAAUCAGAUGGGAAAAAAUGAUCAAUUAUUACACAGUUCAGUUUCGUUUCAUUGUCCAAGUUCAAACCUUAUCUUGCAACACCAGCUUCCACACUAUGCAUUACCUCGAUUUCAACUUCUCAUUCGACAAGAUCCAAUCAAAGGAUUCGCAACAGGAACGGAUGUGACCGCCCGUAAGAAUGCACGAAUAACUCCUUUGGAUCCUCCUCCGGUGUGUGAAUUGAUCGUUCUACCUUUUGGCGAAGAAGAUGAAAUGGAUGAGGUAGAACGUGCAAGAUUUCUCUCAACCGUGGAAGUGUGUAUUCAUGUUCGCUUGGUAAGCGUUGAUGAUCCUCAAACGGAAAUUCAAGAUCGAAAUUUGGAUCCCAAUGGUGUUUUAUUGGUUGGAAAUACGGUUGAAAGUCCAUUUAUCGCCCCGUGUACGUCACCUUUUCUUAAAGAUGAAUGUUUUUUCAUCUUUUCGGAAUUGAGUGUAAGAUGUUCGGGUCAAUAUAGGUUACGAUAUGAUCUAAUCGAUCGUGCAAACAAUCGUUUUCAAAAGAUUGCCAGUGUUGUAGGAAAUCCGUUUACCGUUUAUUCACAGAAGAAGUACUAUGGAAAUUUUACCGAAAGUUCUUCUUUGAUAAAAGAUAUUGCAGCUAGAGGAUUACGAUUGCGCAUCUGUAAAGGCAAUCAAGAUGAUGAUGAAUGCGUACAAGAGAAGAAACAAAGCAAAAAGAAGAGGAAAACGUCUGACGUCAACGUUCUGCAAACGGCCACAAAAGUCUCAUUUUCUCGCCCCAGAGCUAUUUCUGAUUCCGUCAACCGUUCUUUAUCUUCCAAUAAUCAAUUCUCUCCAGCAUCGGCCUUCUUCGUACACUCUACCGAAAAGCCCAACUUACCCCCACUGUCAUCUAGCUCAAGCUCAAGUUCUAGGUCGUUGCACAGGAAGGAUGGUGCUAGCGAAGGAUUUUAUCCUUUUCCCUCUGGUAUGACUUCGGCAGCCGAACCAAGGUUUGAGCCAUCGUCGAACGCUCCUAUGCCUUCCAGUAUAUACAUUCGAUUUUCCCAAAGAGCAGGAGAUUCGAAAAAGGAACAGAGCGUCAUGGACUGGAGAGGAAAUGAAGAUGACGCUUGGCAUGCUAGAAGAACGCUUUCUUAUACACCUUCUUCCUACUUACACGACCAAAGGCAAGCUGAUAAUGGAUACUAUCGCUCUGAAAUCCAGGAUCAAAAGCUUGUAGGCAGGAAUGACUAUCGACCUUCCAUUAUCGGCGAUCGCUAUCAUCUAUCCGAGCUUGGAUGGCAUAAUCCUCACAUGAGAUCUGUACCAAUUCGUUCAAACUCUUAUCAAAGUAGCAUAAUUCGAAACGAUGUAGAAUCCAUCAAAGCAGAACGAUGGCAAGAAGUACCCAUCUUACCGCCCAUUCGACGUCAAUCUGACUCGCGACCGAUGGAUCUUGACAGACACCAAAGACGAACAUCGAGGGAUUUUCAGGAUGAUAUUGAUCAAUAUGCUUUUAGUAGAAGGUAUGAAGCCAAGCCAAGUUGAGACUGUAGUUAUAGCAGAAGGGACGAUUUU